GCGGCGGCUGGCAUGUUUUGGGGGGGGGUUCUCGGUUCGGGGUCUUGAUGCUUGCUUUGCUGACUGGCUUGUCCUCUCCUCUCCUGUUCUUCCUCACAGAGCGAUGGUAGAAUCGUCUGGUGCGCGAGCGUGGGCGUAGGGUUCAAAGGGCGACUUGAUUUCGUUGUUGUAUGGUGUUCAUUUGUUGUGGAUUUCUUGUCAUCGAUGGAGGUGGUGGUGUAGUGUUGGUGGCCAGUCUCGCGACGGGGACGGACGGGUUCUCGCGUGGGCAAGAACAGCGUUCGCCGGUCGCGCUCGACAGGAGGAUGAUUAGGUGGCGGAAUGUACGUCGCCAAGGGGUUGUUGAAGCUGGUAUUAGAUCGUCGACGGGUGAUUAUGUCGAGGUGAUGGGUGUUGAAGAGGGGUUUGGAGUUGUGUGCAAAAAAAGAGAGGGGGGAACGAAGGAAUGGAAUGAAGGGGCAGACGAAAGGAGGAGGGAUGGGGGAGGGAUGGGAGCGGGAGUGGCAGUGGGAGGAAGUGGGUGCGGUGCGGUGCGGUGCUGUGCUGCGCUGGUGCUGCUCGGGGGAAGUGAAGUGUGGCUGUUUGGUGGGAUGGGGGAGGGGAGGGGUGCAGGUCAGGGAGCGAGUGGUGUGGUGGCCGUGGUGGCCGUGGUGGUUGGUCGUGGUGGACUCGCGGUGGGUGGUCGUCGGCCAGAAGCGACACGAGUGGGCGCCGCGGCCAGACGAGACGAGGGAGGAGGCGAGCGACCAGGUUCGUCUUCGAGAAGAAAAAGGAGAUGGCGGGGCUUGCACGAGCACGAGCAGCAGAGCAGCAGAGGAGCACAUCCCUUCCUCCCUCCCGGCUGCUCCCCGUUAGGGCGGCACGAGCGCCAAGGAAAAACUGGUGCCGACCGAGUGGACACGCCCAGCCCCCCCCUACCGUGAGGCGUGGAGGGCCCGUGGACGAGAUACCUGCGCCUGUGAGCUUUAUUCAGGACAGUAAGUACACUUCCAACGACUCAGGAGUCAGCACAAGCACGACUACGACUACGAUUAAGGCUACGGCUACGGCCACGACCACGAGCUGGAGCCUGCAGCGCUGUCCCCGAGCACAGCAGUCCUCCGCCGUCGCGACUUUGCGUGC